CUGGUGUCAAAUAACCUACCCGGAUUGGUCAAUCAAAAUCAACAGGAACAACGAAAUGUUUCAACGACAACAGUGUCAAUUUUUGAGAGAGAAUCGACGGUUUCAGAUGAAUUAAUAUUUUCGUCUCAAAAACCUCGAUGAUUCAUCCACGGGCCAUCGCCAUACAUUUUUCACUUUUUUAUUCUGUUUUAUUUAUCUCUUCUGAACUGAAUAUCAAGGCAGCGUCUUGUCAAGGUGUCCAUGAUAUCUACUCCCCCCCACAGACUGUUCGACAGCAUGUGUUUGUGAGAGAAGAAUUUCGCUAUUUGAAUGUUUCCAGAAUUGGAACUUACACAGUGGAUGAUAGCUUUGAGUGUACAUUUAGGUGCCUCAGUCAUUCGUCAUGUUAUUCUGUGAACCUAGCAUCCUCUAGAGGAAUCGAAGGAAAGUUUUGGUGCGAAUUGCUCUCUUCUGACAAAAACAGAAACUCCACGGAAUACAGAGGAAACAAAAAUUCUCAUCAUUUCGUCAUCAAGUCUCCCUGUUCUUCCUCGCCGUGCCAAAAUGAGGGGACCUGUGCACCAAGUUACAAAAAUGGCAUGUUCGAAUGCCUCUGUAAGAAAGGCUUCAGUGGAGAAUUCUGCGAGAAAGCCUUCGAGUCUUGUAAAGAUGUGACAAAUUUCUACAAGUCGAAAGCCAGCCAGCUAGUUACCUUGUACUUCAGAAAUUGGAAAACGGUCUCCGUUCUCUGUCGAAUGGGAGAUUUUGGAUGUGGAGAUGGAACUUGGACACCAGUUAUGAAGAUUGAUGGCAAUAAGAACACAUUUCCGUACAAUUCGGGGUACUGGACUGACAAAAGUGAAUACAACCCGUCUGGGGGUACGACUGGUUUCGAUUCACAAGAGACCAAGUUACCGACCUACUGGAACACACCUUUCUCCAAGAUCUGUCUUGGUAUGAAGGUCAGCGGACAGUUGAAGUUCACUGUCAUCAACAAACAGGCUUCCUCUCUUCACUCUCUGAUUGCUGAUGGACAUUAUCGGGCCACUUCAUUGGGUCGCAACAGGUGGAUAGCGCUAACUGGUCGAGCCGGUUCAAGCCAUGGUCUGCAACCCAACUGCAACAAGGAAGGGUUCAAUGCCCCAACCACCCAUCGCAGAGCAAGAAUCGGUAUCCUCGGGAACAACGAAAAUGACUGCCGUACAUGUGAUUCUGGAAUUGGAAUUGGUGUUGAGGGCAGAGUGUGUGGUUCUGUUUCUUCUUUCGGAGCAAUGUGCUAUAUCUUGGUUCAAUGACAAGCUACAUUCAAAUUAACAUUAAAACGGCACUGAAAGAGAUAAGAGACAGUCUUCAUAGAACAGUCGGUUCCGUAAAUGCUCGAAAUUUGUUCAAAGGAAAAAAAAACUGGAUCUCACCCACGUUUUUCGUAACUUGGAACUGUAUUAAGCUAGGCAGUGAGAUCACAGAAUUAAAGAUUUGAUAAACUA